GCCCCUCGGCGGUGGCGGGAGGCCAGAGCCGUAAGCCCGGUCCUGGCCACCUCCGGCCCGUCUGUUUCUCUUAUCCCCGAUUUUUGUCUAGCAAAGCAAUUACUGUCUUGGACUUUAAAGCAUGUCAUCAUGGCAAAAUUUCGGAGAAAGACUUGCAAUUUGGUACUUUUUAUUCUAUUUAUUUUCUCUCUGAAUGGUUUAAAACUACUGAGACCAAAUACAUCUACUUUUGGAGCUCCUUUUGGACUUGACCUUCUUCCAGAACUUCAUCAACAAACUAUUCUGGGGAAAAAAAUUGAUUUUCAAAAGAGUGACAGAAUCAACAGUGAAACAAACACCAAGAAUUUUAAAAGUGUUGAAAUCACUAUGAAACCUUCUAAAACCUCUGAACUUAACGUGGAAGAAUUGCCACCUCUGAAUUAUUUUUUGCAUGUAUUUUAUUACAGUUGGUAUGGAAAUCCACAAUUUGAUGGUAAAUAUAUACAUUGGAAUCAUCCAGUCUUGGAGCAUUGGGACCCCUAGAAUAGCCAAGAAUUAUCCACAGGGAGACACAGUCCUCCAGAUGACAGUGGUUCCAGCUUUUAUCCUGAGUUGGGAAGUUACAGCUCUCGGGAUCCUUCUGUCAUAGAAACUCACAUGAGACAAAUGAGUUCAGCUUCUAUUGGUGUUCUAGCUCUAUCUUGGUAUCCACCUGAUUUAAGUGAUGAGAAUGGAGAAGCUACUGAUAACUUGGUACCAACUAUUUUGGAUAAAGCUCAUAAGUAUAAUAUGAAGGUUACUUUUCAUAUAGAACCAUAUAGUAAUCGAGAUGAUAAAAACAUGUACAAAAAUGUCAAGUACAUUAUAGACAAAUAUGGAAAUCAUCCAGCCUUUUACAGGUAUAAGACAAAGACUGGAAAUGCCCUUCCUAUGUUUUAUGUCUAUGAUUCUUAUAUCACAAAGCCUGAAAAAUGGGCCAAUCUGUUAACCACCUCAGGGUCUCAGAGUGUUCGCAAUUCUCCUUAUGAUGGAUUAUUUAUUGCCCUUCUAGUAGAAGAAAAACAUAAAUAUGAUAUUCUUAAAAGUGGCUUUGAUGGAAUUUACACAUAUUUUGCCACAAAUGGCUUUACUUAUGGUUCAUCACAUCAGAAUUGGGCUAGCCUAAAAUACUUUUGUGAUAAAUACAACUUAAUAUUUAUCCCAAGUGUGGGCCCAGGAUACAUAGAUACCAGCAUCCGUCCCUGGAACUCUCAAAAUACUCGGAACAGAAUCAAUGGAAAGUAUUAUGAAGUUGCACUAAGUGCUGCUCUUCAGACACACCCCAGUUUAAUUUCUAUCACCUCUUUUAAUGAGUGGCAUGAAGGAACUCAAAUUGAAAAAGCUGUUCCCAAAAGAACCAGUAAUACAGUGUACCUGGAUUAUCGGCCUCAUAAACCAAGUCUUUAUCUAGAACUAACUCGCAAGUGGUCUGAAAAAUACAGUAAGGAAAGAACAACUUACACAUUAGAUCACCAGCUGCAUUGAUUAAGGUUUAAUAAUUAUAAGAAGCACCUCAUUUCAGUAAAUGACUUUAGUUUUCAGAUGUGGAAAAAACUGUCAAAAUCAAUAUGCAUUAUUGCUGUUAUCUUUUAUAAUUUUUACCAUUUUAAAGGAGUAUUAUUGCCGCUUAUUACAAUACUGCACUCAGAAAUUAUGUAACAAAUUGCAUAAAUAACAUUCCUAUGGCAUUAUUACAUGUCCGCUUAAACUGAAAUUCUAAUUUGAUGGCUUUUUUUUUUUUUUUACAUUGGAUAAAUGUUUAUGUUACAGAAAUCUGUUAUGACAUGGUAAAGUCCUGCUUGCAUCUUGGGUAUUCAGUAUGUCUAAAGAAGAAACACACACCAAAAAGAUAGUGUGUUUCAUUUCUAAUUUUGGUUCAUGAUUCAGUCAACUUAUUGUAUUAAUAUUCAGGCUCUGGACAACUGUCCCAUAGUGAUGAAAUGUUUUAGAAUAAUAUAAUCACUCUUCCUCACAAUUUUGGUGUGAACUUAUAAUUGCUUUAAAUAAUAAUCUUUUUUAAAGUUAGAUAUCUAAAGCCUUACUCUGAACCAUAGUGUGUUUGGAAGAUUUCUUUUCCACAGCACAAUCUGUAUCAGCAUUUGUAGAUCUCCAGUUAUUUACAGGUUGACAGAUGUUUUGCAUCUUUAGUGUUUCUGCUUUUACUACCCUACAUUCCAGAUGUUAGAAACUAUGGAAAAUACUUUUAAAAAGUUAUUUAUUAGGAAAACAGUCCUUUCACAAUUGUCGUCAAGAUAUAAUGCCCCAAGUAUUAUUUUUAGGAUUCUUUGCCAAUCUUUAGUUGCUGUUUUAUUAUUUAUGUCUUAAAAUUUUGUGUAAAGACCAACUAUUAAUUAGAGAGCAAAAAGUUAAUACUAUCAUUGGAUUGUGUUUUUAGUAUUUUAAAUUAUUUUUUACCAAAGAUAAUAGAAUCUAGCAGCACUCUACCAUUAAGCUAUAACCCUACCCCCACCCAGUCCCUUUUCCUUUCUUUUAUUGAGACAGGGUCUAAGUUGUGAUCCUCUUGCCUCAGUCUUAGAAUCUCUGGAAUUACAGGUAUUUAUCACUUCAUAUAUAAAAGAUGGAAACCAAAAUUAUUUCAUAUUUAAGACUUUGAAUUCUUCUACAUACUGAUAUCUCUAAUUAAAAAUGUUAUUUUACAAUAUCUGUCUUAUGGUAUCUGUCAGUUUACCAUACUUAUGAUCAGUAAGUGUCAGAUUGUAACAAAUUGAUCACAGUGUGCUGUGUGCUAACAAGUGAUCUUUUUAAAAACAAAAGAAUAAUACAAUGCACUCUAUUGUUGUAGUUACUAUUUGUAACUCAUACAGUAAAAAUCUAAUAUAUAUCCUUUUAUAUAAAUGCUAUUUGUUAUAUAUUUAAUUCUACUAAGAAGCAGUGGGGAAAUGCCAACAAAUAAUGCAUAUGAAUCUUCUGAGUAUAACAACAUUCAGAAACAAAUCAUUACUGGAAUUUAUAAUAAUGUAACCCAUCAAAUGAAAAAAAUAUUUUAAGCAAUGAUUGUGAAGUAAAAUUUCAUAGUUUUGAGAAGACACAUCAUUAAUGUUAAAUUUACUUAUAACUUAAGAGUUAUUUCCCAGAGAAUAAUCAGGCCAUAGAAAAUUAGAUUCUCUGGGGAAAUUAUAAUGAUAUUUUGAUACAACCAACAUCUUCAGAGGGAUAAUCAUACCAAUGUAACCUGUUGAUUUUUUCCCUCAUAUCCAGUUAACCACUAUUUAGUAUUAUAAAAGUAAGUUUUAUCAUACCUAAUAAUCUUUUAUAACAUAUCAUAUUAAGGAUUUUUUUGAGAACUAUCUGCUACAGGGAAAUUUCUCCAUUUCUUAUGUCUUUGAAGCCUCCAUAACAAAAACAUUGAACUUUAUGAAAUAGUCGACAUUACGGGACUGUCUAUGAAAAUAUGAUCAACAAACUCCCAAUAGGGAUAACACCACUUUUACUACCUUGUUCCCACUGCAGACAUAGAUAAUUCAUACUUUAUCUCUGCUUUGUUGUGAUUCCCCAACACCUUCCUCCAACCAGAAAGUAGCAGUCAGAUUUCACAGUAAAAUUAAACAGAUUCUGUCUUCAUUGUGAAAAAUUAUUCUCAAUGCCAAAAACUGUUGAAGUAUCUUUUCAUAAUGGCUUAUUAGUUUAUAAUUAUCUGAAUAUUCCUGUGUAUCCUUGGGUUUCACAUCUGCAGGUUUAACCAGCUGCUGAUAAAAAAUAUUCAGGGGGAAAAUGUUACAUCUAUAGUAAACAUAAUUUUUUCUUGUUAUUAUUCCCUAAAUAAUAUAAUCUACCAAUUAUUGACUUACUAUUUACAUUGUAUUAUAUAUUAUAAAUAAUAUAGAAAUGAUUUAAAAUAUACAGGAGGAAGUGUGUAGGUUGUAUGCAAAUACUAUAUACCUUUUUAUAAUAGGGACUCUAGCAUUUACAGAUUUGUUAUCCACUGGGGGUCCUGCAGUGAAUCCCACAUGCAUACCAAGGGAUGACUAUCAGAAAUUAUUUCUAAUAAUUUUGUUAGUUCUUAAGGAGGAAUGCUUUCAUAAUCUUCCUCAGGUAUUCAUUACAGUUGCCUUUACCAUUUAACUUUAAUAGAAUUUAGAUUGUAAUGAUCUCAAUAAGCAAAGAAUUGAUUUAUUUUUAAAACUAUAUGUCUGAAUUUUAAAAAUGUGUUUGAAUUUGAUAAACUAAAAUAAUCUUUAAAAACAAAGUGAUAUAUGCAAUAUGUGAAACCUAAAGGAUUCUUAUGUAAGAGAUGGUUUUUAUGGUUUAAUCAGUCUUGUGAUUAUAUAGAAACCAAAUCUUUUAUUGCCCCUUUUGAGGACUAAUGUCAAAAACUGCUGUUAUUAAUAUUUAUCUGAGAUGUAUGUUACUUUUUUUAAGACAGUGUGACUUGAGAAAUGACUAUUUUGUUAGAUAGAAUAAUUUUCAUCUAAUAAAAGGAUACAUGAAAAUAUUUUGUUGUAUAUUAAAAUAUAUUCAUUUUUCUUUAUGAAAUAUCAUUUUUCUUAAUAGAUGAUAGGUGGUAUUGUCAGCAUUCACAUAUACACAUAUGAAGGUUUUUUUCUUUUUAAUUUUGGAAGAUUUUUUUCUUUUCCCCGCUUCAGGUAAAAUCAUGUUUUAACUACAUUUGUUAGAAAACUGAUCUCAUAAAACAGCAAAGCAGUAAGUCACCAGAAAACUUACCAGUUCAUCACCAUGUGCUUUUUCAAAGUGAUCAGUUAUUCAAUUGAGGCAUAAAGACUCCUCCAAAACUCUAUAAUGCCUACAGAAACAGUCCUUAACUAUUUAUAUUGAAAUUUUGUAGCAAUUUAAAUCAGAUUGCUUGCUUGAUAUUUUUUUCAGAUAACUUGCUAUUGAUGAAUAUAGAAACACUACUUAAU